GUUCCGGCGCCGCGGUGACCCCGCGAGGGCGAAGCGGGAGCCGGCGGCCGCGGCUCAGAGCCGAGCGCUGCCGAGCCGAGCGAGGGAGCGCGCGCCGGGAAUGGAGGACGGCGUGGCGGGACCGCGGCUCAGGGAGGCGGCAGAGGCAGUCGAGGCGAGGGCGCCCCCCGGGGUGACUCUGAGGCCCUUCGCGUCCUUCUCUGCGGCUGCCGAAGCCGACGAGGGCGGCGGCGACUGGAGCUUCAUCGACUGCGAGAUGGAGGAGGUGGAUCUGCAGGACCUGCCCAGCGCCACCAUCGCCUGCCACCUGGACCCGCGCGUGUUCGUGGACGGCCUGUGCCGGGCCAAAUUUGAAUCCCUCUUCAGGACGUAUGACAAGGACAUCACCUUCCAGUAUUUUAAGAGCUUCAAACGCGUCCGAAUAAACUUCAGCAACCCCUUAUCUGCCGCCGACGCCAGGCUGCAGCUGCAUAAGACUGAGUUUCUGGGGAAGGAAAUGAAGUUAUAUUUUGCUCAGACGUUACACAUAGGAAGUUCACACCUGGCUCCGCCUAAUCCGGACAAGCAGUUUCUCAUCUCCCCUCCCGCCUCGCCGCCUGUCGGUUGGAAACAGGUGGAAGACGCUACCCCAGUCAUAAAUUACGACCUUUUAUAUGCUAUCUCCAAGCUGGGGCCAGGCGAGAAGUAUGAGCUCCACGCAGCAACAGACACCACUCCCAGCGUGGUGGUCCACGUGUGUGAGAGUGACCAAGAGAACGAAGAGGAGGAGGAGAUGGAGAGAAUGAAGAGACCCAAGCCAAAAAUCAUCCAGACAAGGAGGCCAGAAUACACGCCUAUUCACCUCAGCUGAACCGGCUCACAGACCGCGACGACACGUUCUGAACCCUGCUCAUGGGGAAGAGUCUUUUACUGUGCAGGUGGCUGGUCAUAGCUUUGGAGGUGACAGCCAUGACCACUGUGGCAGAAAUUCCAGUUCAUGUUGCUCAGAAGAGAAUCAAGGCUUUGUCUCCUUGUUCUGAUAUCGCACCUCAGUCCAUGUCCGUGGCACCCGGGAAUGUCUUGGGCCAUUCACUGAGUCUGUGGUAAUCGCACAAGGAAAUCUGGGGACAUCUCGAGAAACUGAUAAUUGUGGUGUCUUGUCCUUGCUCUUUUCUAGGUUCUGUUUUUGCCAAGGACAGGUUGACUGGUGGCCCAGGGUGAGAUUUCUGUUUCCAGCCAGCGUUCAGGGUCCAACCCCACUGGCAGGCAGAGGCCCCCCACAAGUCACCGCGUGUCCAGUGCAGAAAGGCUCCUCCUUCCUGCCGUCAUGUUCUAAUGUCCAUGCAUGUGUACUACUGGGUUCCAAGACUAACCUUUGUUCGUGUUGAGUUCCGCCGGGAGACGAAAACCUGUGGCCUCUCCUGGCCCCGGCUCUCUCUGCAGCAGCACCCACACAUGGGGUCACACCUGGAGGUGUGCUUUCUCACAGAAGAGGGUGACCCUGAGUUCCUGUGUAGAAUUUAGCGGGAGUGGAGAGAAGAGCAGCUUCACUGCCAGCUGCCGGCGGGUGGGAAGUUUAGGUGUGGCUUUCAGGUUCAGACAUUGAUUCCCAUUGUUUCUUUCAUGUAAGUGGUUUGUGCGUGAAUUUCAGCCGAAAACCCCUUUGGGAACUGUUGGUCGAGACGGUUUUUCACCCCACUGAAACAGGAAGACAAACUUGUAAAUAAAGCGGAGAGCAUUUCUGAAUUCCUGUCGCGUACCUGGGUGAGGAUAGAGGGCAGAGGGGUCCCAAGCUCCCUGUGACUUGUGUGUGGUAGAAAUCAAUGUCGUGUCUAACGGGCUGAAUUUGGAGCAUGUGAAGUCGUAGCCGUGUGUUGCUAGAGGGACACAGUGCCUUUCCCCUUUCCUUCCAGAUGGGCGUGACACUCGGUGAACAUUUGGGACUUUCUCUUUUCUAGUUGCCGUGUGUGUGUGUGUGUCUGGUAAAUAGGUGUUCUGUUUUGGUCUUACAAUACCAUUACCAAGUUUGUCACUCUGAAAUAACCUAAUGCCAUUUAACAAUGCAUGCUUUGGGAGUUCAGAAAGCGGUCUCCUCUGGGGAGCAGAUUGCUGGCAUUCAGUCUCCAUCAGUCUAUGACGAGACAUGGAUCGAAUGUUCUCCAAACCCUGUCCACAGUGCUCGGGGGAGGAAGCCAGCAAGGGAGAGGCCGUCGCAUUGCUGCCCAGUGUUUCUAGUUCAGUGCUUUUGAGCCAGAGAGGCUAACCUCAAAGAUAUUUUUUUUAACUGCGUUCUGUAAUAAAUCAGCACAGUCUGCUCUUCUG